UCAAUCAGUAGCUAAUGGAGUAUCAAAAAGCUAUUCUAGGAUAUUCAGGUCAAAUGUAUCUUUGUCUCUUCCUCCGCCGUGCUUACUCUAUCAGUAUCCUCGAAGACCAUGACUCGAUUUGUCAUUGAGGAUGAACAAGAGGCAGCAGAAGCAGAAGCAGAAGCAGCAGACGCAGAAAAGGGUCUUUGUGCAGCUACUCCACUCAUUCCCACCCUGCCGCCCGCUUCCUCCUCUCCUUCUCUUCUUCAUUGGCCUAUUGAAUGUUUUUUCUGCCACGCUCAAACCUCAACGGAAAAUGUGUCCAAGCGUCAAACAGGAAGGAAUGCAAAAUAAUUAUUAACAACAGCAACAGCAACAGCAACAGCAACAGCAACAGCAACAGCAACAGCAACAGCAACAGCAACAGCAACAGCAACAGCAACAGCAACAGCAACAGCAACAGCAACAGCAACAGCAACAGCAACAGCAACAGCAACAGCAACAGCAACAGCAACAGCAACAGCAACAUCAACAGCAAUAACAACAACCACUCACAAUGCUGUAGUGCGAUAGCUUUCGAGAGAAACAGCCUGGCGCCCACAUCUGACAGUCGGAUGGGAUGGCAUCGUAAUCAGCUCCUCAAAUCCUGCAGGCUCCCUCGCUUCACCUCCCUUCGGCGUCAGUCGAUGCUGGGCUGGAAGCAGAAGGGCGGAGCAAGGGGUUGGCGGGCAUCUUCUUGGAGGCUACAAACACAUGCAGCAUUUGGUAGCAAACUAUCCGGUCUUGGGUCGCCGACCCAGCAGACCUGUUUGGAAAAGGAGGCAUUCAAAUCAAGGAGAUCCUUUCAUGUCUGGUAAAGCGACUAGGCAUAGAGAGGACCUGCCAAAAAAGAACGGAAGGAGCCUACCCAGUCUUCUCAUCCUUGAAUCGUGGUGCUUAUGCUCAUGGUCAUGCUGCUGCUGAUAUUAUUAUCGGCGUCCUCCAUCGAUGUCCAGUCUUAACAUGGUUCUAUUAUUCAACUAUCGCCUUGAUCAACAGUUACCACAGCAUCAGUAGCAAUCGAUGCAAAUGUAGAGUCAUC